GUAACGCACGUUUAUACCGUAGAGAAUUUUGCGCGACCUUUCCGCAUUUCAUGCAUUGCAUGUACCGUGCGUGUGUGAGCGUGUGAACUCGUGCCGCUGUGUGGCAUAUUAUAUUUUCGUGUUUUUAAAACCGCCAAGAUUCGGGUUAAGAAUCGUGAGCCGGUGCCGGCAUACGCCAUGGCCGACGCCGACCGUGAUUCAGACAUUGGAGAUGACAGUCCCAUGAUUUGGAAUUGCGGUAUAACCUUGAAAAAAGAGACUGUGCGGUGUGAAGGUGAUUCUUCAGGAGACCAGUCUUGUGAUAGUUCAGAAGAGGGCGUGGGGCGAGACAUUCCAACAAACCACCAGCCUCAACAGCAACCAAUACAUCAGCCCCACCAACCACACCACAGCAUGGCCCAUCACGGGUCUCUCGGCCACCAGAUGAAUAACCAUCAGGUCAACCACACUCACCAAAGAAACUCACCACGGCCGCACGAAAGAGAGCAGAAAGUACGAGAUGAUUUCGAAUCUCUCAAGAGUUCGUUACAUCCUCAUCUGUCUUCUAUGGCAUCAUUGGCACAAGGGGCGCCGUUAUCCACUUCAAGUAACAUGUUCGCUCUCACUGGUGGCGGUGGAAAUUUCCCCUAUACUCCACCAGCGUUCCUCGCUCCCGCCCCUCCACCGCCCGCCCAGCCAGCAGGAUCCGCCUCGUCCUCGUCAUCCGAGGGAAGCGCCGCUGGAUGGAGCUUCGAGGAACAGUACAAGCAAGUACGUCAGUUGUACGAGAUCACAGAUGAGCCGCGCAGGAAGGAAUUUCUCGAUGACUUGUUUUCGUUCAUGCAAAAGCGAGGUACUCCAAUCAACCGUCUUCCUAUAAUGGCGAAGUCUGUUCUCGAUCUCUUCGAGCUGUACAAUCUGGUGAUAGAACGUGGCGGUCUCGUGGAGGUGAUCAACAAGAAGCUUUGGCAAGAAAUCAUCAAGGGGUUGCGACUGCCUUCGUCUAUCACCUCGGCCGCUUUCACUUUACGUACACAAUACAUGAAGUAUUUGUACGACUAUGAGUGUGAAAAGAACAACCUUUCAACUAGAAGUGAGUUGGACGCUGCUAUUGAGGGGAACAAGCGCGAGGGGCGGCGUUCUUCCGGACAGUACGAGGCGCAGGCAGCAUUGGCAUUGCCGCAGCUCAGCAGAACUCCGGUGUCUCUCACUCAGUUAACCCAGCACAUGCAGCCUUUGACCCUCUCGCUCAAUGGAGCAGUCGCCGGGGUACCACGCCUACCUUCGUUUACACCACACGGACCUCAACUAUCUCAACAAGAUAUAGAGUACCGCGUUCGCGAGUAUAUGAAUAUGAUACAUCAACAGCGUGAACUUAUUAGAAAUGGGUCAGAAUCUCCUCCUAACCCUCCGAUGGUAUCGCCUCGCGAUGCCGCUUUCUCUGCCUUUGACAUGUCGCGAUUCACACUGUGGUCAUUAUAUAACAACAACAUCAAUCGCCGCAGCCCACCGCCUGAAACCGAAUCCGAACCCGAUUCCGAACCGCAACGCGAGGCUCUUAACCUAAGCGAGAGUUCCAACUCAAGUGUCGCUGGCAUGAAGCGCGAGGGCUGCCCCUCCUCUCCCCCGCCAGCAAAGCGCCGCUCACCGAACCCGCGAUCCCCCACGCCCUCCACUUCCACUUCCCCGCAGCUCACUCCGCCGCAGCUCACUCCGCCGCGUUCACUCGCACAACUCACUGGAAACCGCAAUGGGGUACGCGGAGCCGUUUUUAAGAUCACCACUCGAGGCGAUUCUGCAACUGGCGAUCAACAGCUGGUUGUAUCUAUCGAACUAAACGGGGUGACAUACGAAGGCGUUCUGUUCCCAGUACAGAACGGCAACGGUCAAAACGGCCAUCGCCAAAUGGUCUCUUAACUUCGCAUAUAUAAUAUUGUUGUGCUAGGUUCGCGUCACAAGUCCUAAAAUAAAGUACGCUCAUUGAGAACCAGUGCAUAAUAUUUCUUAUAUAUUUGCUUAAUUAUCAAGAUUAUGUCUAGUAGUUAGAUUUAAAACGUAAUCGGGCGUAAAUGCCAGAGUUUCAAUUGACAACUGUCAUCUGUCACCCGUCAGCUGUCACCAUUUUGACAACGGCGAUAGUCUCUCGUGUUUUUUUAUUAAAUUGAACAGUCUCAGUGAUUUAGUUUCUACGUUCUAUGAGCCAUUCUAACUGACGUUCAAAAUAAUGUGACCAUCUUAUGUUUUUUGAUUUAGUAAAAAAGCACAUACGGAGAGGAGAUACAUCGCUUGUGAAUUAAUUUUGGAGCGAUCAGUUUAUGCUAAUUCGAAAUAAAAUUCUGAGACUUGACAGUCGCUGAUUAUGAAACUCCUUUUUUAUAAUAUCCGAUCAUCCAAUAAAGUUACAAUCCUGAGAUAUGAUUUCUUCUAUAAUUACUGUUAUGCCAUUGUCACUGCCCAGGAAGAGGACUAUAUGAACACGAUAUCACAGCGAGUUCUUUAGUGGAUGUUUUGUAUAUUUUAAAUAAAUUGUAAUGGUCAAACGUAUGACCAUUUUUUUUGUAAAUAUAGCUUCUUUUAACGUUCAUUUUUUUUGUAAAUAUAGUCUCUUAACUUCGCAUAUACCAUAUUGUUGUGCUAGGUCGCGUCACAAGUCCUAAAAUAAAGUACGCUCAUUGAGAACCAGUGCAUAAUAUUUCUUAUAUAUUUGCUUAUUUAUCAAGAUUAUGUCUAGUAGUUAGAUUCUAAACGUAAUCGGGCGUAAAUGCCAAAGUUUCAAUUGACAACUGUCAUCUGUCACCCGUCAGCUGUCACCAUUUUGACAACGGCGAUAGUCUCUCGUGUUUUUUUAUUAAAUUGAACAGUCUCAGUGAUUUAGUUUCUACGUUCUAUGAGCCAUUCUAACUGACGUUCAAAAUAAUGUGACCAUCUUAUGUUUUUUGAUUUAGUAAAAAAGCACACACGGAGAGGAGAUACAUCGCUUGUGAAUUAAUUUUGGAGCGAUCAGUUUAUGCUAAUUCGAAAUAAAAUUCUGAGACUUGACAGUCGCUGAUUAUGAAACUCCUUUUUUAUAAUAUCCGAUCAUCCAAUAAAGUGACAAUCCUGAGAUAUGAUUUCUUCUAUAAUUACUGUUAUGCCAUUGUCACUGCCCAGGAAGAGGACUAUAUGAACACGAUAUCACAGCGAGUUCUUUAGUGGAUGUUUUGUAUAUUUUAAAUAAAUUGUAAUGGUCAAACGUAUGAGCAUUUUUUUUGUAAAUAUAGUUUCUUUUAACGUUUAUGUUAUUUAUGUUAAUCAUAGACGUGACAUGUGUGAAGGGCGGUGUAUUUGUUUUUUAUAUGAUUUUUUGAUAUAAAUGUUUGUAAAUAGUUCGUGUUAAUGUUAGUAUCAUUUUGUACACCGCAGUGUGUGUUUGUGAUUGUUACGUACCUAUAUUAUUAGAAGGUGUAUAUUUUAAUCAUCAAUAACGUCGUCAGUAUUGUAUUGUAGUUUAAUUAAUUAUAGUUCAUUUUAGCAGUUUAAAAUAUACAUAAUUCUCUUCUAAAUAACAAAAAACUUAGUCUUUAUGGCAGAUGGAUUUAAACUUUAUUGCGUUUGAUAUAAGAGCGAUUUUCUAAUAUGAUAGAGAUUCCUUAGUUAAUACUUAGAUAAUUAAAACGGCGAUAUUGUAAAUGUUUAAAUUAUCCGAUUUAAUCAUAUAGGUAACUCGAAUAAUUCGAAAUCGAGUGUCAUUUUUUUAAAUAUCGUAGGAAGCUUCUAAGGAAAUCUUAAUUAAUCUACCUACCGAUCCGAUAAUUGUGGCUUCCUACGUAGUUUAAACUUAGUGAUCGACACCAAUUCUGAUAUUUUAUUAUAUAAAGUUUGUAACAUUAUAAGAAGGCACCAUACUAAAAACGAAUUGUAGUGUGGCGGUUAUUUUUGAUGUUUCAAUUUUAUGCCAUUUCUCUAGAAUAGGUUUUGUCUAGUUAUUAUUAAAGUAAUAUUCAGAAACAUCAUACACAGCGGCAGUGACAUCACAAACUUUUUUAUUUUUUAUAAUUAAUAAAAUGUGUUUAGGUAUCUCUUUAGAUUUAUAUAUUUGGUAAUGUUGUCGUCUUUCAAUAUGGCGCAUUUAUUUUAUAAGUGCAAAAUCCCAAAAAAAAUAGAAAAAUCUCCAAUAAAAUCAAAUCGGAUAAAAACAUAAAAAAAAAAAAAAAAAAUUGCAUUUUGAAGUAAAAUUAUGAGAUGUUUUGUAAAUGACUGAUUUUGAUAAUUAUCGAUUAAUUUUAUAGUUUUAAUUAAUAUUACCGUUUAUUUUAAAAUUAUUUCAUGUGUUAAUCUACGUAGUUUGAACAAUGUGUUUGUUCGAGCUACGUAGGUAUAGUGUAGUACAUUCCUGAUAAUGUACAAUAAUUUUUAAGAAAAUUAUAAACUGGCCUACUGUGUUACUGGUGGUAGGGCUUUGUGCAAGCUCGUCUGGGUAGGUACCACCCACUCAUCAGAUAUUCUACCGCAGAACAGCAGUACUUGGGUUUGAAGGGUGAGUGAGCCAGUGUAAUUACAUGCACAAGGGACAUAAAAUCUUGGGUCCCGAGGUUGGUGGCGCAUUGGAUAUGUAAGCGAUGGUUGACGUUUCUUACAAUGCCAAUGUCUAAGGGCGUUGGUGACCACUUACCAUCAGGUGGUUCAUAUGCUCGUCCGCCUUCCUAUUCUAUAAAAAACUAAACUAUUGCUGAUAGUUUUACGGCCAGAUGUGUUAAUGACUUUCGUCUUACACCAAAAACAAUUGAUGUAUUCAAAUAUUAUACUUGAAUAAAUAAUAUUGUAAUGACAAAUAAAA